AUGGAAGACCACACAAUUGACAGGCUAAGCACAGAGAACGAGAACGAGAAUGGGACUGUCCUUGCUAGAGUGUCAAAAAAGUGGCAGACCAUCAACAUAAACUCCAAUGUUGUAAGGCAUUUAGAUUUAAUCCUCAUUGACACGAAGGGACGCGACAUCCAUGUACAAAUUCCAAGAUCCUUCAUGAACAACUUCGAAAGGCAGAUUAAAGAACAAGACGUCUAUACUUUUAGAAAUUUCAGAGUUAAGGAAGCAACAGGAGAAUUCAGACCAAUCAAGGAACCAUUGGUCAUAGUUUUCAAAAGGACAACAAAAAUCCAACCAACCAACACAAUGGUGAACAUCCAGAAGUACAAAUUUGAUUUCUUCCUUGAAGAACAAAUAGACAAGCUGAAGGGGAAAAAAUAA